GUGGGCUUUGACCCAUUGACGUGUCUCAGAAUCUAUCCAUUGGAAUGUUGCUUUGAAGGCACUUCAACUGAAGAUUUUGGCAGUUACCGGAAGAAUGGUCACUUCUUGCAAGCUUUGAGCCGAAGAAUAUCAGCGAAGAUCUUGAAGUUGCUUGCAGACUCAAGGGAAGAACCUGUGUCGAUUCACAGAACUUGCCCAUAGAAUCCGUCUGAUCCCACCACUCAGCACCUUGGCUCAGCCAGCUUCGACCACCUCUUCGACCACAUCACCAUGAGCCGCCGUGCUGGUUCCGGAUUUGUGGUGCUGGGAGCCCUGGCUUGCAUGCUUUGGGGUCCCAGCUUCACUGGAUAUGCGCCGAAGAGACAGGAGAGCGCAGUGGUGAGAAUGGCCGGAUCUUCCAAGUGGGUGAACCCCAUCGACCCUGAGAUGUCCCACCCCAGCGGUCUCUACGUGCUCCCCAUCAAGCCUGCAAAGAAGCAGGAGAACUAUGUCUACACUUGGAAGAAUGACAAGAAUGGAGUCAUUCAGGACUUCAUGCGAGUGCCUUAUGACAAGAACGAGCGUGCCGGGGACUUCUAUGCCAAGCGAACGGCCAACGGAUGCUGGGACCACUGGGGCCCUAGCGGCGAGGGAGAGGCAGCAUGAGUCUUUUUGGCCGGGAGCUUUUGAUCCACAAAGUGGGCAGCUGUGAUGGAGACGCGUCC